AUGGACCAGGUGCUGGCACAGAUUGUGGAAAAUCUAAGUGCUCAAAUGUGCGAGGAGGGCCUCGGGACAGAUGUGAAGGAAGAAGUCCCCGGUCGCUCCGACGAUAAGCCAUGCUCCGAAUCGCGGCUCGAUCGCGACAAGCGUGAUUUCAGGACAUGGCAAAAAAUCGAAUUUGCGAAGCUCAUCCGAGAACGCAAGCACAUCCUUUUUGGGGAAUGUGAUGGGGCUCUGGUGACAGCGAAGACGAAGGAAGAUGCAUGGCGCGACAUCCAGAGUGAACUCGAAACGAUGGGCGCCGAUUCGUUUAAGGGCAAGCAAUGGAUGAGGCUGAGAGAUCACGAUUGGCAGUACAUCCGGCGCCAUGCCAUGAAUCGGUUCGAGAAUGGGAAAGUAUCGACGGGCCGCCUUAGCGAGUUGGAUCAAAUCGUCGUAGAAAUCGUGCAGGGCGACAAGCCUAUCAACAACAAUGUUGCCCAGCGGCUCUACGCGCGGGAGUCAAACGACGUCUUCGGGGCUCAACUUUGCUCGCUACUCGGUGUAACAGAGCGACAGAGCCCUUCGUUUGUCGAACUCCAAGAAACCCCCGACGAUUACGCCAUCAUCACACCGCCGCCCUCAGGAGGCUCGUCAGACAACGCCGGGCCGGCAUUAUCUACUACCGGUCGAAAAUGCAAUGGGAUGGACAAUGCUCUACGAAAUGCUUUGGCCACAUUUGCCUGCGCUUUCCCGAGCCCCGAAGCUUCGUCUCCUUGUGCCGCUCCUCCACCCCUAUCAGCCACUCCGUCCAGAACAGCCACCGACCCUCCGCCUCCAAAACGCAGUCGCCCUGCACCCUCUCAAAAUGCAGAAGAGUUGAGACCAAGUCUGGAUCAACUACAAAGGCAAAAGCUGGAGUUGGAGAUUGAGCACAUGAUGAAUGAAGAACAACGGCGGCAGGAGCAACAUUCCAUCCAGAUGGAACGCCUGAACAUUUCAGUCUCAAUCCUCAGGAAAUGCCUGCAAUCCGGCACAUCGAACCCUGAUCGAUUGGCGGCGUUGCUGGAUCGAUUGGCUGAU